CGGGCGGUCGGCGAGCAGCGCGGUGGCAGCUCCGCGGGCCGCGGGCGCUCCGCCCUCGGUGCGCGGGGCCUCCCCUCUCCGCGCCCGCGGAGCGCCGGCGCCCGCCUAUAUCUACGGCGCGGCGGCCCCACGCCCGCAAGGAUGUGAGGCGGCCGGGCAGCGCAGCCGCCGCCGCCGCCGCCGUGGCAUGCGGUCCUACGGCUGGAGCCGUCGGCGCGGCGCGUAGCCGCGGCUCCGCGGGGCGAUGCUGCCCUGGAAGCGGAGCAAGGUGGAGCUGGUCCCGGGCGAGGCGCGGCGGCAGAGCAAGCCCAAGGGCUACGCGGUGAGCGUGCACUACUCGGCGCUCACCUCGCUGGCCCGCGCCUGCCCCGAGAGCGCGCUGCACCGCGUGGGCAGCAUGUUCCGCUCCAAGCGGCGGAAAUUCCGCGUGACCAGCGAGGACCCCACGUACACCGUGCUCUACCUGGGCAACGCCACCACCAUCCAGUCCAAGGGCGAGGGCUGCACCGAUCUGGCCGUCUGCAAGAUCUGGAGCAAGAGCGAGGCGGGCCGCCAGGGCACCAAGAUGAAGCUGACCAUCAGCGCGCAGGGCAUCCGCAUGGCACACGCCGAGGACAAGGGGCUGAGGCGGCCCGGCCACCUCUACCUGCUGCACCGCGUCACCUACUGCGUGGCCGACCCGCGCCUGCCGCGAGUCUUCGCCUGGAUCUACCGGCACGAGCUGAAGCACAAGGCGGUGAUGCUGCGCUGCCACGCCGUGCUCGUCUCCAAGCCCGAGAAGGCGAAAGCCAUGGCCCUGCUGCUCUACCAGACCUCGGCCACGGCGCUGGCCGAGUUCCGCCGCCUGAAGAAGCGGGACGACGCGCGGCACCAGCAGCAGCAGCUGGUGGGCGAGCAGAGCAUCCCGCUGGUGCCGCUGCGCAAGCUGCUUAACGGGCAGUGCUGCUACAAGCCGCCGGUGGAGCGGAGCAGGAGCGCGCCCAAGCUGGGCUCCAUCACGGAGGACCUUGUGGGCGAGGAGCAGGAGGAGCGCGCCAUGCACUGCGAGUGCGAGGACAUCCUGGAGGCGCUGGGCGAGCCCGAAGGCGAGCUGCUGCGUGCCGGGACCGGCCGCGGGGAGGGCGCGGAGCUCGGCCGGCUGCUGCGAGACCUGGGCGAGCUCAGCCUGGGCAACGACCUGAGCUCGCUGCGCGCCGACCUCGGCGUCCGGCGGCUGCUCUCGGGGGAGAGCACGGGCAGCGAGUCCUCCUUGGAGAGCACCGGCCCCGACGGCGCCGCCCCGCCCUGCAACGGCGCCGAUCAGCCGCCCCCCGGCGACCCGGAGAGCGGAUGAAUGGCGGGGCGGGGGGGGGAAGGACGGGGGG